AUGAAUCGUCGGACAGUUUCUCGAGCGACAAACGUGCGGCUGCCCCAAAGAAUUUCAGUUUCUGCUCUAUCCAUUUUGCCGUGCUCCACCGCGGUCUGAGGCACUGUGAGUCGGUCGAUGGCGUUCUUGAGAUGGUCGUUGCUGCUUCCCUACCAAAUAUCGCCAAUCAAUCCCAGCCACCCCGAUUCCUUGUGUCCUACACCGGCCCCAUCGCCAAGGCGCUUGCAUGGAUUAAUUUGGGAAGAGUUCGUUGUAAUCUGGAAGAUUAGCCCGUGCAAGUGGCUUACGCUCUUGCGGCCCCAUGUACUGUGUCACCCGGUUUCGGCACCGCGUUGAAAGUGUUACCCUUCGAGUUCGUUACCCCUGCUUCGCGUCCCUCCCACGUCGCGCCGAGUCGGGAAAAUCGCCGGUUCAUGCUUCCGUCAUAGAAUGUGCAUUCUUCUUCCUUAUGUACGUCUGACGUCACGAAGGAAACAAGCGUGAGAACGCGGAACGUGGCGCAGGCCACCCUACGAGAGAGCAUUUCGUUGGUUAUUUUCCCAUUUUUUUACUCUGGAGAAUUUAUCGUCAUCGUCACUUCCUAGUUCGAAUGUAACUUCGCUCGUCAGACAGUUCGAGAACCGACCAAAGAUUGUUUGCUGUCUUUUCUGUCUGAAAUCGAGGAACAAGUAACUUUAAGUAAAGCGGAAGGACGAGUUUUAUCCCGAGCCGCUUGGAAAGCGCCUGAAGUGUCCUUAGAUAGGUCGGAAAUCUCCUACUCAAAGUUAAGUUUUAUUACAAUUUCCCUUAGAAGUGUGUUCUGUCGGUGGUAAUCAACGCAGUUUUAAUACAGUUUGAGUUGGUUGUCGAGCCUUAAUUAUUCGUUCAUUCAUGCAAUGGUUCCGGCGGAAGACUGAGAAAACGCAGUCUAUCCAAGACACGCACCUAGCUCCAAAUCAAGUGUGAAUUGUGCAUAGGCUAAAAACCACCCCCUCCCAUUGCAUACACGUGUCCUGGCAAGGAGGAUUCUUGUGAUUGUGUUUGUCUGAAUAAAAAAAUCUCACAAAUCGACAAAAACUCGAGACAAAUUCUGAAUUGGAGGAAAAAUCCGAUGAUAAGGAGAUUGUUCGCCAUUGCCGCAAUAAAAGUAGAAGGACUCGUGGUCAAUAUCGGUGUGAGGAAUGUCCUGAACGGAAUUGUGUUCGCAUACAGAAAAGUGGAGUCGGGAGACGUGACGAGUGUCCGUACCAUUACAGCGCAGUGCGGCGCGCGGUCGGUCACACAAGCACGUACGGUGCGACGCGACUCCCCUAUGUGGCUAGUGUGUGCGAUGUGUGGAUAUCACAUCAGAAAAUACUUGUGUGAAAAAAAGUUCAUUGACAUCUCUCGCGGGCGGCAAAAUAUAUAUACAUGCAAGCACGACUGAACGGACGUUCGUAUAAAAAUUCUUUUGCCGGGUCUGAGCUUGAGAAUCAUCGGCCCAAACAGCGGCGAAACGGUGUGGCGCGGCGCAACACGACCUCCAGAGAAAGUGCUAGUGCGGCUGAAGGCGCGCAUUUCAAAAUCGAAAAUUAAUUAACGGUCAAUAAGCGUAGUGCAGCGGUUGCGGACAACACAAUUAAGCCGUGCGUGUGUUCUUCUUAUCAAAUCAGUUGUAUCUUUAUUGCUCGGGAUCCCCUUCAUUUGUGCGAAAAUCUUGUGAUCGAGAUAACUGCAUCUGUGCAUAUCAAAGUGCCUGAAUCAAGUGCGGACGUUAUUCUCGCGGGAAAAGCAGCAACGACGGCUCUUCUCCGCUACGGAUCGACUCGCAAUAAUUCUAUUUUGCAAGUGCGUACUCUGCGUGCCCGCUAACGUGUGUCUCAUGUUCCAGGAUCAAGGACCCAAACCACUCACUGAGCGAAGCAAACAGUGGUGGACCUAACAUGCUGCCUUAUGGGACACCAGUUGCAUUUUGGAUUAUUUCGAGCAUUUCAGGCGAAAUUUUGGAUGCUAAUUCUAUGUUUUGUCGUUGUAGUCUUGUGAUAGUUCGUUCACUUCCAUAAGAAAGGCAGAGCGCGAACUCUGCUGUGGCCUGGAUGCCACCAAAGCGAGCUUUUGGUUGCUAAUAGGCCUUCCUUUAAUAUCUCACUCAAUGUUGUGAUCGUUCCUGUUUAUUUUCUUUCUUUAACUCAAGUCAAACCAAUCAGUAAAUGUUUUAAUUUUGCUUUUCCAAAAUUCACCUGAGACGUGAUAAAACGAAAUUCUGAACUUUAAUUUUAGAACAUUUGGUCUUUGUAUGCGUUUCAAAUGGUGGGAUUCGAUUCGCUGCCGACGAGAUGGUCUGAUGGAAAGUGUUUUGCAUUCUUGAUGUUUUUCGUGCAAUGGCCGGCGUGAUCCUAUAGGGGGAGUUGGAAUAGAUGUUGCUCGCUGACCAGAUGGGAUAGCACGCGUUAUCUAAACGGGAAAGAAUAGACUCGAGCUCUGCUAUCGGCUUAUGACCUGCUGCUAAUCUCUACUUUCGUUUAUUUGUUAUCUAUGGCGUGUUAUUGUCGCUUUUACAUAGUUUUUGAAGAUUAACGAUUUUUUGAUAGACUCAGGGCGCACACACUCUUUCUAUACGCAGUGAAGCGUGAUAGUGUGCUUUUGGGCAGGUGAUAAGAGAAAUAAUUAUGGGUUAUGACGGUAGGUGAUUGAAUGAAUUUAUUUCAGGAGGGGUUCAUAAAUUCUUUGAUAAUUUUUUCGGGGCCGUCGAUCUACUGACUCUGAUGCAAAUUCUUUAUUAAUUCUUUCGGAUGAUUACAUUACCAUCUUGCACAAUAAUUUUCGGUAAAACCACAAUUCUUUUCCCGUAGCUAGUAAAGCUGGCCAGUGUUCAAAGCAGUUUCUUUAAAAAAAAAGCUGAUUCAUCGGAAGUAUUGCGUCAUAUAGGGAAAUGACCUGCAGCUAUCUUUGGAAAGCAUAACCAUUAUCACAUGUGUAACUGGUAAAUUUCACACUUUCAAAUCAGAUGAGUCAAUCGUAAAAUGUUAUAUUCAUUAGAAGAAUGUUCUUGUCAUGUUAAGUUUGUUACCAAUAAACACAAAGGAGGAUUUCGCUUGAAUAAAAACAUCAAACUGGCAGAAGAGGUGUAUUAAUUGCUUGAACGUUUUUUUUCCUGAAAGCUCCCCAAUUCAGUAGUACUCUACAAGCUGACUACUUUUUUAAUAAAGCCAGGGCCCAUUCAUUUAUGCCUAGCUGCAAAUUGGCCUUUACCCUCACUAUCUUUAUAUUGAGUUUACCACUUCCACUUACCUCUUCACGAUUAUUGAUCGAUCAGCACCAAUUCAAUCGAUUAUUCCGUUAAAAUUGCAAACCUAAUGAGAAAAUAAAAAUUCAAACUCCCAUUGCAUGGUAAAACCAACACAAAUACAAAAAUUUCAGACGAAAUCGCAUACAAAUUCCACAAUGAAUUACUGAAAUACAUUCACUAAUCAACAUGACAGUGUUCGAUCAAGAUGUGCUAACUUUACUAAACUUGCUGCACUCAAUAAAGGCUUGAAUAUUUUCAUCAAAUAGUGAAGUAACAUGUCAUUUUAGAAAUGGUGUUUCAGUAAAAGAAAUAUCCUGAAAUAUUUACGCUCGUUCUAGUAUUGUUUUUCCUUUUUUCUCUUCUUUUCUUCUGGCCUGCUCUCCAUUCCAGCAGACGCAUAAACCGCUACAAAACCUCAUAAUAUUUUAAAAAAGUUUGAGUGAUCCUGUUUGUGCUAAAAUACCACAACGGAUGUGCUAUAAAAAAAUUUCUUUUAAAAUAAGAAAAUACGACAAGAGAGUGCGAAAAAUUCCCGAGAACAAAAUGUUUCCGGCUAUAGUGUGCAAGAGAACGCUCUAUCCAACCUAGUGUAUUCAAUUAUUGUGCAUAAAGUACAGGAUGAUAUCUAUAAACUGGUUUAUUCAGCGCAAAUUAACUUUUCUCCAAUGACUUUCACCAACGAUGGAUAACGAGUUCUCAGAGUUCUUUAAUCAGACUUGGGCAAAUUCGACAAACAGUAAUAAUAACAAUAACAACAUUGAUAUUAAGAUUGAGCCGGCCUUUCACUAUCACCAACAAUACCAACAGCAUCAACAGCCACCACAGAAUCCCCAGCAGUCUCUGAAUCAUCAUUCAUUGCAUCAUCGAUCAGUCGCUCAAACGGCGGCUGCGCAUUCAUUGCUGGAACAACAAAAUGCAGCUCGCGCCCUAUUCGAUGCAGCUGCAUUGCGACACCAGUUCCAGCGCAGUCAAAGCUCAUCGACGGGCAGUAAUAGUAUAACAUCAUCGUCAGGAAUCCAAUCGCAACAGGGCCACCAUCAGAGUCAUCAACAACGCAACCAACCAACGAUAGAUUUAAAAACUCUACGCCUAUGUGCCUCAUCAUCAACAACACCAACAUCACCGGUUUCAAGUCCAAUACGUUUACCAGUGGACACAACAAUUUCAAGAAGUUCAAUAUCGUCGCUGCAUCAGCAGCAACAACAUCAAUUGCAUUCACAUCAUCAUCCACAUAAUCUUCAACAACACCAACAGCAUCACCAUCAACUCCAUCAACAUCAUCAUUUGUCAUCACCGUUCAGUCCGGCGUUGUGUUGUGCCACGUCAUUGACCAGUAUCGGUGGUAGCGAUGGUGGAUUGAGUAGUGGCGGCGGUAAUGGGAGCAGCAUUUGUUCAGCACCUGAUUCUGUUGAUAGUACAACACCGCCACCCUCGAUACAAAGUUCAAAUUCAAUAGUUAGUGCUAUUGAACACGAGAAAAAGACUGCUAAUUCUAUUAGAGCCCAAAUCGAGAUAAUUCCGUGUAAAGUUUGCGGUGAUAAAUCAUCAGGUGUACAUUACGGUGUUAUCACCUGCGAAGGCUGUAAAGGUUUCUUUCGUCGAUCUCAAAGCUCAGUUGUGAAUUAUCAAUGUCCACGUAAUAAACAAUGUGUCGUCGAUCGUGUUAAUCGUAAUCGAUGUCAAUAUUGCAGACUGCAAAAGUGCCUAAAGUUAGGAAUGAGUCGUGAUGCUGUGAAAUUCGGUAGAAUGUCGAAGAAACAGCGUGAAAAAGUCGAAGAUGAGGUUCGAUUUCAUCGAGCCCAGAUGCGAGCCCAAAAUGAUGCGGCGCCCGAUAGUUCAGUGUUUGAUACACAAACGCCGUCGAGUAGUGAUCAACUGCAUCACGGCUAUAAUGGUUAUACAUAUUCAAAUAACGAAGUGAGCUACGGAAGUCCUUAUGGAUAUUCAGCAUCGGUUACACCUCAACAAACGAUGGGCUACGAUAUUUCAGCGGAUUAUGUCGACAGUACUACAACGUACGAGCCAAGAGGAGCUAUUAUCGAUUCAGAUUUCAUCGGUGGCCACAGUAAUUCGUUGAGACGUGGAACACCAUCCGACUGUUGCCAUACGGACUCAAAUCCAAGUACAGGAGGAGGCGGUGGCAGUGGCGGUGGUGGUGGCGGCGGCGGCGGUGGUGGUAGCGGGGAUGGCGGAGGUGGUAAUACCGUCAGUGUAUCUGGCACCACACAAAUUCAUCCCCAACCCCAUCAGCCAGAUCAUCAUCACAAUCCGCAACAGCCACAAUCAGCAUCAAAUCAAAUGACACAAGUCAGUUUCGUCGACGAUGACAGUUCCUGCGAUUCCAGAUGGGCUGACGGUGAUAUCAAUGAUGUACUGACGAAGACAUUGGCUGAAGCUCAUGCGAAUACAAACACCAAAUUAGAAAUCGUUCAUGAGAUGUUUAGAAAGCCUCAGGAUAUAUCACGAUUACUGUACUACAAAAAUAUGGGACGAGAAGAUCUCUGGUUAGACUGUGCUGAUAAGCUUACGCAAAUGAUACAGAACAUCAUAGAAUUUGCAAAACUGAUACCGGGCUUUAUGCGGCUUAGUCAGGAUGAUCAGAUUCUUCUGCUUAAGACUGGUUCCUUUGAACUGGCAAUUGUACGUAUGUCACGACUGAUGGAUCUCUCUUCGAAUGCCGUUUUAUACGGCGAUGUGAUGCUCCCACAAGAAGCCUUCUAUACGUCCGACUCAUAUGAGAUGAAGUUGGUCAGUUGUAUAUUCGAGACCGCCAAAUCGAUUGCCGAACUGAAAUUGACUGAAACCGAAAUUGCACUCUAUCAAAGUUUAGUACUAUUAUGGCCUGAACGGAAUGGAGUGCGUGGUAAUACUGAAAUUCAAAGACUUUUUAAUCUCAGUAUGAACGCUAUUCGACAGGAACUCGAAUCAAAUCACGCUCCUCUAAAGGGCGAUGUUACAGUGUUGGACACAUUGCUAAAUAAAAUACCAACGUUCCGCGAGUUGUCCCUAAUGCAUAUGGAAGCGCUAAGUAAAUUCAAAUUGGAGCAUCCACAUUGUUUGUUCCCAGCAUUGUACAAAGAGCUUUUCUCGAUUGAUUCACAACAAGACCUUACGUAACAGCCAGCAUCCCAUCAAACAGGAACGGAUCCAGAGACAUAACCGAAAAUUGCAUUCACAAGCAACAAAAUCCCGUUCAACAGUGAAUAGAAUAUAUUAUUUUUAUUUCAAUCGUUAAAAACUGAAUUUUGAAAGAAAAAUAAUAUUCUAAAAGAUUGAGAUGAUGAUAAAAGAUAUAUUAUAAAAUUAUAGAGAAAAUAUUAAUAGCAAAACAAAUGGACUGGCUUCGUACCUCACGUACGGAGUGUAAAGAUAAAACAAUUCUUUAUGUUUAUUUUAAUUAAUGCAAAAAUAAAAUAAAAUUGAGAAAAAAAGAAAUACAGACAGAAAAGAACAUCAUCAGAGAAAACAGCUACAUGUAAUGAAAUUUUAAUAGACAGAUUGACAUUUUUUAUGUUCCAACAAAAAUACAUCUGUCUUCAGACUGUUUUUCUACUGUACAAUAUAGAAACACACAAAACCAAGAAAACACGGAAAAAUGCAAAAGUAAUGGAUAUGGGCGCAAAAUAAUACAAUGAGUACGAAACAAUAAAAGAUUAUAAAUAAGAACUUCAAUUUAAUCAACAAAAUGGACGUGGGAACACUUUUAAUAUUUUUCACUUUUCCUCUCAAAUUCUAUUCUUAAAAAGGAAACAAAAGUUUAACAAAUAAAUCGACUGAAUGAAGUAUCAACUUUUCUACAUUUUCAUGUUUCACGAGCUUUUCCCCGCAACCCGGCGGUGGACGCAAUGCGUUGUUUUAAUGUUACGGUUGUUGAAAAUCAGUUUUUCUUAAUUUCUAUGGCGAGUAUCUGUAGCUAGAUAAGGAGUAUGGAGUCUACAAAAAAAAUAAUCUUUCUGCAUACGGUCACAAAGUGAUCAGCAGGAGUUCUGACUACGGUUUGGAAUAAAAGCAUAUUGAAAUUUAGGAUAUUUUUGAUGUAAAUUUUAUAUAUUUAAUUUUAUGAAUUGUUAUUAACAAGUUUUAUUAAAAACUUUUUCGUUUUGUAUAAUAAAUUAAAUAACAAAUGCAAGAAAGAAUGCGACGAAAUAGCUUGGGUCACUAGUUAAAUAUUGCCUUGGGGUUUACCCUUGAACAUUUGAAGAUAUUUUAUGGUAGCAAAUCUUUUGCGCUGGAAUUUAUUUUGAAGAGAAGUUUGCAAGGGUGCAGUUUAAGAUUUCGCGUAAUAUUUAAUCAAUAAUAAAUUUCUCGAGGGAAAAAUGUAUUCCCCUAAAUCCAAUUCCACGACACUGUGCUUCAUAUUGCCAAGGCACGUGCCUGAAUAAACUCUGCAGGAACUGCACCUGAUAAUUCUCUGCAAUAUAAAAAGCAAACAAAACCUGUAAUUGUUGUGUUCUUUUUUAAUAUGUUCAUUUAAUUAUUAUUAUUAUUAUAUUUAAAGUGUAAAGAAAUGACUAAUUUUAAGUUAUCUUCAGUAAUAAACACAUCGUGUAGAAAAUUUAUAUAUAAAAUCGCGAUUAGUUGAAUGAAUUAAGUUAUAGCUAAUAUAUUUAAUAGAAAAUAAAUCACAUAAAGAGGAUACAGCUAAAAAUCAGCAUAGAUAUAGUAUAGUAAAUUGCAGGAGAGAGGUGUGUUUUAUAAGCGUAAUAAUAUUGAUAUAUAAAACAAAAAUGCAAAGCAUAAAUCCCUUUUCCUUUUUUAUGAGCCUACGACAAUUUCUAUCACUUCCUAUUUUACGGAAUACACAUGUCCGUAUUAUCAAUAUUAUUCCCCAAUAAUUACAUUUUGUAUCUACUAAGUAAAUUUUUAGUUUUCUUUUUUAAGUUGUGGUGUAAAUGAAUUGUUAAUUAUUUUUAAAGAAAAUUUUCUAUAACGUAUAUACAGUAAAUUGAUGCAUUAAAAAUGAAUGGUAGCAUAUUAACGGAAAACAUUUAGAAUAUAUAGAGGACUUUACAUGUGUUAUUAAAAGUAACGCUACGAAAAUUGAAAUAUAUGCAAAAUUUUUACAAGUAGUCUAAUUUAGAGGAAUUCAGUAACGAUUUACAGCAGAAAAAAAAAACAAAAACAAAUCAGUGAAUGCAAGGAAAGGAUAUAUAUAUUAUUUUAUUUUAAUUUUUAAUAUUAUUUUUUUUUCUUAAUUUUAUUUUUCUUGUUAACAGUUUUAUGUUUCAAACAAAACAAAAAACGAUUUUUAAGAUGAUUAUACAUGUGUUAUUUACGUAAUUUUUAUGUCAUUGUGUAGGUGAUUAAUAUUAAAAUGAUUUUAAUUUUUAAAAAAGAUAUUUUGAGUUUCUGUUUUCAUAUUUUCAUGAUGAGAAGAACCACGAAUAUAAAGGGCGUUGUCAUUCAAAACAUUACUCUGCAGUGAAUUUUAGUUGGCUAACUUCCCGGCUACUUUCAAUUUCGGUGGCAACAACAAUAGCUAACUAGUCAGAAUGGUGCAUUUCGUUGACAUAAAAUACAAACAAGACCAAAGAAUUUUCCAGGGAAUAACAGUUGCUAUAUUAUCCCUUAUAAAUGCAAUGACUUUCCAUGGUACUAUUUGCGAUUUGUAUUUUACAGAAGUGAAUUUGUAUUCAUUGGAAAGUAAAGGACGGGUGAUCAAGGAGUGCACUUUGGAAGGUAACUCGCGAAAAUCGCAAUAAGCACGAGCGGUUUUCAGUCGCCCUUAUGGUUUUACCUGUCCAGCAGAAUUGUAUGCACAGUCGCAGAAUGAAGUAAAUAUUUACAGUUGAACAGUGCAUUAAAGGGGCGAUCGAUAAAAAAAGGAAAACAAACUUCCCACGUCCCUAGUUGAAAUCAGUAUAGUAAACCGCUCGAAUGCAUGCGUUGUAGUCGCGAUAUUCCGGAUAUUUUCAGCUAACAGUCAAGGUUAUGAUAAAAACGCAGCCCUUAGUUUUUCGCUUGACGUGAAAAAUUCCAUCUUCACUUCUAAGAAACUGCAAAAAAAUAUGUUUAGUUUUUUUUUUAAUUUGUUUGCCACAAUGCUGACUAUAAACAGAUAGUUUCGAAAUCGCCUAAACUUGAAAGUCAUAAAAUUCUUUUCUAUUUGUUGCUUUUUUUAUCCUGUUCGCUGACGCUGUGACGGCGAUCAGACUAGUGUACGCGAAUUUCUUCACCUUUAUCCUUUUUCAUUUCAUCAUAUCGCAGCAUCCAACUGUUCAUAUUAUUUCGACCGCUUCCCGUUCGGUAGCGAGGUGGGCUCAUCUAGAGCGAAUUCGCCACUUUCGUCGGCUAUAGGCAUCGGUCGAUUAUAGUCGAAAGGGCCUCAAAUCACUAUUAGUACAAUGAGCCAUCGUUGUUUCAGUCGGCGUUUGAAUCGUCUCUGUCGACUUCGAUAUUCAGGACUAUUAUAACUAGUGUGUUCCUGUCAGAACAACGGGUGCAGCCCCAUGUUAACCGCGGCUGCUUUCAUUUGAGAUGUGAUCAUGUUGUGUUACACCACUGCUCCAAGGUAAUAUCAUCCUCUCUAUUGCCGGGAGGUGGUGCUCAUUGUAUUUGAGAGAUAUUUUAUAGCGUAGUUCACUGUCCCCAUCCCCCAUUCUGUCGCCGCCAGGUGCCCGUUUCAUUGGUGCCGGUCGUCAAAAACUCUAUUUUAUUCAGAUUCAGCCAGUUAUACUACGAUUGGAUAAGUUGCUCGAUAUCAACUUUGUUGUGAGAUGCUAACAAAACGUUAGCUGCAUAGAGCAGUGUUUAGAGCGCUGGGCGUUGGAUGUUUCUUUGAUGACCACCAAACGGUUUCAAUAUACCUGACGCACUUCGAGUUUUACUCUUUCGAUCACAGUAGAGCAAAUUAAUCGGGCGUACAAUUUCGCCUGGUGUCAGGUGUUCUCCCAAUAUCAACGAGAUAAGUUUAUGAGUCACGUAGACAAAUGUCUUCUCUAAAUCUAGGAGAGAGAGAACUUAAAGAGGCGAUACUUCUUUCAAUUAACCUGAAUGCAAACAUGUCCUUUUUCAAUCGCCGUUAUAAGUUCUUUUCAUACAAAAACGAUUCGCCUUCAAAGUCUAACCAUUGGUUCAUUUGAAAUGUCAACACAAACCUCAAUAGUAAACUGAUUCGCACAUUGAAAACUUUCAAAAAAUAUACUAGCUUCCAACUAACAGAAUAAUAGUUCUCAUACUGCACAAGCGUGGUCCCCUUUUGAUGGUAAUUUCAUGUACAUUUUCGAGGACAUUAACAGUUCUCCGAGCAUCUUGAUGUGAAAUCUGUUGCUGAGAGCGCCUUGCUCAUAAUCCUUUUCGCUCUAUCUAUCCGUCGCCACUUUACACAAUCUGAAACACGAUGUUUUCUUUCUUUGUCAAUAUAACUUCACUUUAGGUUAUACAAUACCUUUCGAUUUAAUUUCUGACUGUCGCACUGGUAUAUAUUCCAGCCUGUGGGCUUACCCACAAACUCUUGUCCUCUUCCGGGCAGAAUAUGGCUCCAUUCGCAAUCACACCGCUCUAUUCUCCUUCACUGAAUCUGCUUCACGAUGAGAGAAAGAACCGGGCCCUCAUAUAUGCACGUCAUCUCAUCGGGUUAUCGUGUGCAAUUUUCCAAACUAGGACUGCGUAGAGCAGUAUGGAGCUCACCACUUUAGCUAUAAGCAGACUGCGUCUAUACCAUAUAUGCAUACAUGGUGAAGUUAAACCCAGCACCUGACGUCAUUUCAAAGUAUUUGAUUGCUAGUUUUAAAGUGAUGAUAGGAUUUCCUAUUUUGGUACGAGCAGUCGUUUCCUUAAGACGCUUCGCGAUAACCAACACCACUGUUUUUUUCACCACGAGUGUAAGACUUGAAUCUGUUCGAGAAUAGUUCACCAGAAGGUUUACCAGUUUUAGACAACAACACUAACCUUUGACGAAGGAUCCCAUUCACUAAACAUGCCUCAAACAAUUCCACAACAGCCAGUCUUAGCGCUUUGCUUGCAAUACCGUGAAGAGCCGGGGCUGUUUCCUAGCCCACUGCAGAUUUCCAGUAUUGCGUUCGUCGUUACUGAGAUAUUACAAUCACACCUAAAGAUUUAUGAAGAAUGCUGCCGUGCCUGCCCUCCUAAGGAAAUAAACCCUAAAUAAUUUCCAUGAAGAGAUCGGGACAUGAAAUUUGUUGCGUUGUUUGAAAUUUUAAUCUCCUCACUAUAACCUUGUAGGCCCUUUCUUAUAUCAGUCUCGGCGCAGGGUCCACUGUAUAGCAUACUUGGAGUUUCUUCGAGCUUCCUUCUAUGUACGCUUGAACUCCUGGUCAUUCCUAUUCCUCUUUGGGCCGAUGACACGUCGACCAAAAAUCAGACAGUUCACUAUUCCAGUAGAAAUUAGGCCUUCUACUGUUGAAAAUAUAAAAUCUUGGCAUCAAUGAGUCAUAUGCCGUCGUUAUGCAUUAUGUAAUAUAGAAGGCUCUCUCCCAGGGUGCGCCUAAAAUGUUGUCCUGGUCCAACUACGACUCUAUAAAUGUUUACCCGUCAAUUGAAUUUGCAGACCAAGACUUGUUGUUUAGGUCGAAGAAUAUUGAUUGGUAAUUGUGGCGGGUAUAGUGUUCACUCAUGUCCUAGAAUAUAUUGCGAGCUAGUCAAGGACUAAUAAAUGUCGGGCCCACAACCGAGCCAGACCACCCUUUCUGGUAAGUAUUAACCUGACCAUCGUUAGCCAAUAUGAUGUCUAACUGCUUGAAGGGUUUCCAAAGACAACGCUCACUUGCAUUCAUCAAUGAACUUCCCCAUUAUGUGCCGCAUGCUUUAAAGUCAUCGGAAACGUCAGUCGUAGAGGCGCAUAGCAAUUAUAGACGUGCAUGGUCCUCGUGGCGACAAUUCAAUUAGGUUUGGGGCUCGAAGCAUGUUAGAACAGUACACAGUAAAGAAACACUCCCGGAUUUCGGCGUCAAAGUACAUCUCAUUCCGAUAUCUGUUCAAAUAAAAUUAAUUUUUCAUGAUAAUGAAAAGCAAUGGAUCAGUUACUAACAAAGUUAUAAUAGGUUAGCUUAGCAGUAGUAGUUUCCUAUUCCUGCCAAUUUCUAGAAUUCAUCAAGGACGAACUCUAGCAUUUUGAAUUCAAAUUUCUUUACAACCUUUUGGCCACGUUAAUCUACCUUUGGUAUGAGCACUAAACGUAUGCAUCUUUAAGUGAGUGGUAUGCGCCUGAUGAAAUACCGCGAAGAUUCAUUUAAAUCAAUAAGCUCCGUAAGCUCUAACCACGGAACAAUAUUUUCUUGUUGACUCUGUAGCACAAUUGGUAUUAUACCGUCUGCAAAAAAAAAUUUAUAUGAUGAGAAACUGUUUACGCCGAGCUAAUUUUUGCAUAAUCUUCGAGUUCAAAAUCCAUCUUGCUUGUGGGACACAUACUUUGCCUUCCGCAGAAGUUGCAGGGUUUCAUUCAAUCCUCUGGUUUGUAAGAAAGGACAAGUCUCUAUCUUUUUUCCUGAAACUUACUAACCUUUGCAGUAGAGCUCAGAGCAGUCCAAUGGCUACCGUCUUUUGUCUGUUCUGAUCCCUUUAUUAUAUAUGUAUCUUCAGAUAGUCCCCGUCCAGUAUCUAAGCUUCUAUAUUUUACUGGGUACAAGACUGCGAAGGUAACAUUCAUUGUCUUCCCUAAGGCAUCAACCUAUAUCUGGAAUUCGAAAAUCCACCAAAUUUUGGUAAGUUUAAUUCUAAUAAAUUCGUCUAGUUGAUUUUGUGAGGUUCCUUGAAUAGUUUGGAACCUCUACUGCAAGAGUCAAAUUUUUCCAGCUUAUAUCCUAGAAAAAUCUCGAAUUGGACUCUCACCACUUCUCUAUCCUAAACGUUCUAUUGUUAGUUAGUAAAGCGAUCUCAAGGACCUUCUUCAUACUAUAUAUAUACUUUAUACCUCUGUAUACCUCUGUAAUUCUCAGAAUACAACUUGUCGCAUCUUCUGUAGACAGAACAGAUAAUUGUUAACUCGUGCGGGAUUCAUAUUCUGGGAUAUAAUCAACACUUGGCGCUUUAUUGUUUUUCUGGCUGAUUCUAUUUCUUGCAUCAUUAAUGAAUCAAUGUGUUGUAUGUCAGCUAGUUUCGUCGCUUCAAGUGGCUAUGUUAUUGGUGGAGAGUUAAGUGACUCUCAAAAAUAUUAUAUCCGUCGUUUCUGUCUUCACCAAUAAGCAAUCCAUUUUUCAUUGUGUCGUUUUUUAUUAGAGCUCACUCUUACACUUUGCAUUACUACGAUGGGUUUUCUGAUGUUGCUAUUCGCCAAAUUAUUAUAAAGUUUCCUUGGCUUAUCGUCAAAAUAUUCUCUCUUCUUUUCUUAUUAUUUUUUUUUUGUGUACAUUUGAGGUGGUCAUAAUUCUCUUUAUUCGCCUCUGUGUUUCGUUAGGUUCACUGUCUAUACGCCCCAUUUUUGUAAUCGAGAACAUUCUGACAUUUUCCAUUGAAGCAAUUAUUCCUGCUGCACCGGAAUUCAUAUCCAAUUACUUCUUCUGAUGUCUAAGUGUCGCCUACGGACCGAUUCGAAAUAUUUUGUGGUAUCAGUGCCGGCCGCUUUUCCAGCCCUGCUUUGUACUCCUCAGCUACUGUUUGGUUUUGAUGCUACUUUUAUUUCAUAUCUCCUCAACAUACGGCUUUUAACUAGAUAGUGGGAGAAGUCGCAGUUCGCUCCUUAAUAGUACCUCACAUCCAGAUAUUAUCUAAUAUCAAGGAUGCUAGAAGGGCGUCUUCUCUGGAUGAAAAUCUGAACUUUCUGGUUGAAUUUGGUGUCAUCUUGGGAAACCUAAGUCCUUGCAUGGAUGCGUUUGUAAAGGAUGUAUACCGAUCUUAUGAUUAGAACUCGAGUACAAGAGAAAUUAAUGAAGCUUUGGUCCUUGCCAUUCGAUUUGUCAUGAAGACCACGAGUUGUACCCAUGUAUUUCCUCGUUUUCUGUUCAUAUCGGUAGUAUGAAUUUGGUGUCAUUUGGUGGCAGUGAAUCAAAGAGACUUUCGAGAAUAUUAUUGAAAUUGCCCUUUUUUGUCUUUUUCUUCGGUUGAGGCUUGGAGAUUUAUCGGCCAGACGUUUGAAUUCCAACUACGAGGGUGAAAAAAAAACACACUUUGUCUCUAAACUCAUUCGCUUUGUGCUAUUGAAGGCAUCCUGGUCAACGGUUGUAUAAUAGAGACGAAUUGUGACUCCAUUGCGAAAGGUGGAGUAGUCAGACAGAGUUUUGGGGUUUAGUGCAGAAUGUUCCAAGUCACACUCUCUGCUGCAGUCUAACAAUGUGUAGCUUUUACAAUAAUCCCCUCCGGAUACAAUAUAUUAUACGUACGCCAACGUAUUUUUCACUCUUUGAGACAAGAAUUAAAUCCUCUUUCGGGAUACAAUAUACGUACGCCGACGUAUUUUUCGUAGCGCUUCACGUUGUGUCCUUUCUAUCAUCUCACAGCAAUUUUCCCGGAGUGGUCUUUUGAGUUUCGCCAGUCAAAAGUCAUACAGUGCUAAGUCAGGCGAAUGUGAUGGUUAUGGAAUGAGUUGUAUAGAAUUUUUUGCGUAAGAGUCCCGAAAAAGGAAAGCAGUGUGGGAAGGUGAAUUAUCGUGAUGCAAAAACCAAGAAUUGUCAACUCACAAGCUGGGCCUCUUUUUACGGAAAGCUUCACAAACAACGCAUAAUACUCAAAUAAUAAUCUUUGUUGAUGGUUUGACGGUUUGGAAUGGAAGGAAUUCUAAAUAGACAACACUACGAUAACCGAAGAAAACUGUCAACAUCACCCUGAUUUUUGAUUGACUUUGGCGCGAUAUUUUUGGUUUGGUUUCCCUUUUGCAUGAUAUUCACUGGGGUCGUCAUUAGUUUUAAUCAUUAGUUUCAUGACCGAUUGAUAGUAAGAAAGCAUCUUUUCACAGGUCAUAAUGCGACGCUCUUUUGCAAAGAAAUUGAGUUGUUUUGACACUAGCUGAGGCUUCACAACCCAAAAUAUAUUUCAAAAUUAUAUUGAAAGAUCUUUCGAAAUAUCAAUAUCAUCACCAAGGUCUCAAGCAGUCAAUGGACGAUUGACAAGCACAAGUUUUCCGAUUUUCUUGAUGUAUUGUCCAUUGGGAGAGGUUCGAGCGCUUUUUGUCUUCAACACUUCCAUGACCUCCAUUGAACUAUUUAUAUCCCUUGUAAAUAUUAUUUUGCAUUGCAUGGCCACCGAAGGCUUCUUUUAUCAUCCUGAAAUUAAAUCCAACUGCUUUGAUCAAUACAAUCAGACACUGCAAAAGGCGCGUCGUACAAAACCAAGUGUAACACAAACAAAAAAAAAAUAAAUGAUUUGGCACAAAGGUCCGUCAAAAUGCUUCCAACCUAGAAAAUUUUCUGUUUUAUACGCAGUUUACGCGCGGAUUUAAACUGAAAAUUUGACUUACUUUUUGGACAGUCUGUGCGAAUGAGGAUAGGCUUCAAAAAUUCAGUCGGACUGCCCAGCAUUAACGUGCAUAUAGUGUUGAGCCAAUGGACAGUAUUGUGAUAAUAAGCGCCCUUCGACCGAGUAAUAAAACGUGGUGUACCAUAUUGACUUUCAUUUAAUCUAAAUUUGUUAGCCAAACAAAAGUUUUCAUAUUCUCACAGCGACGAAAAAGAAAAAAUAAAUCUUUGUUAUUUUAUAACGUACCUUGACCCAGGCUAUUUAACUCAAUGUCAAAUAAAUACUUUUCAAACCGGAAAUGAUACUUUGUUCAGUCGAAAAAAAGGAAUUCAACGAAAAGAAAAGAAAAUUUCCCUAAAUUCACUUAAUACUACGGGCGAACGAUUUUUCCUGAACGAUCCUCUAACAUUUGCUCCUGAUUUGAAAUCUUGUGGUGAAUGCCAACAAAUUAAGAAUGUUUUCUUCAAUUCCACUUUCAUUCCAGCAUAAUUUUAACGAAUUUUCAAACCUAAAACACUUUUAUAAAAAUAUUCACAAAAAUUUACAAAAUUGUUGUUCAUUCAUGUCGUCAUAAGCGAAAGUUUAAAUGUGAAAUUGUCCACGCGUGUUCAAUUUGAUAUACUACCAUUACCUUUAAUUUCAUAAUUAGGCUUAUCCUAUAUGAAAUCAUAUAAUUUAGGAGUAAAAAUUACGAAAUGGAUUCAUCACAAAGACUUAAAACUUUUAUAUAGCCCUAACGAAGAACAAAUCAAACAUUUGUAAUAAUAGACUGCGAAAAAGAAUGAUUGAUGAAAUACUUUCUUUGCAAAAUGAAGCUGAAAGCACACAAAACAUCUACAACACUGAAAACAAAACGUAGAAGAUCUUUGUGUGUAGAUUGUGAAGAAAAUAUACUGAAUGAUUUAAUAUAAUUGUAUGGGUGCUUCUAUAUAUGAGAGAAAUACACUUUAUUUAAAAGGAGAAAUUACAAAGACAUUUUGUAAUAUCAACAAAUUCAAAAAUAAGAGACCGAAAGAAAACAAAAUAAAAAAGGAGAUGAAAAUAAAAUCUAUAUAUUAUACAUUAUAUGAAUUAAUUGCCUUAAAAACUAUAUAUAUUUAAAAAAGACAAAAAGAAAUGAAAUAAAAACCAACAAAAAUAUAUUAUAAAAAUUAUAUAUAAACAAUUAAAGCAAAGGAAAGAAGUUAUAUAAAUUAGUGAAAUUUAUAUAUAAAUUUAAAAUUAUGUAAACUUACAAAUAACUUUAACAAACCAAAUAUUAUUAAUUUAGUAUUAUAGCAGUGACGACACACACAGACACACGCUAAGAAAAUCUUGGAAAUUUGUUGAACUUACUGAAAAGGAUUCGGAAAGUUGAUGUAGGCAAAACAAAUGAGUAAUAAAACCAAUAUCAUUAAAAAACAACAGAUAAAAGGAACUUAUUAAAAGUCUAUAAAAUAAACAGUUUAAAAUAAAAUUAAAGAAAUAACUAAGAAAAAAAAACAAGACGAACAAAUCACACUCAUACACAAUAUAUAUACAGAGCAGAGUUUAACUAUUUAAACAUGAUAUUUAAUAGGAAAAUUUGUUAAUUAUAUUCAUAUAAUAUAUAGAAGAAUUACUGCUAAAUCAAAUAAUAGACAAAUUCUUCAGUUCAAAUUUACUUGAAAAUGAAAAUAUGAAAGAAAUAGAUUCAACGAUUCGUUUGGUUUACUAUCGAAUCUGAAAUGAUUUACAAAUUAACAGUUGUCACAUGUUUAUGUUUUAUUUAAACAGAGACAACUGGAGUUUCAUGUUGCUUUUCUACAUAAAAUUCAUUAAUAUUUGGAUUAUUUUAGCAGAUGAAUUGCGUUACUUUUUUAAAUAUUUAAAGUAAUACCUAUUAAUUGUUCAUAUCGAAACAAAGUGUGGAUACAUUAAUGGCAAAGAAAACAAUUUAGAUCUUUUGAUUAAAGAUUCUCGUACUAUUUCGCUAUCCUUUCUGAAAAAUGUUAUGCUUUAUUUGGAAUCUCCAUUAUUUUGCUUUCAGGAUCGUUUUUAUAGAGUAUACGUGGGGAUUUUUGGUACUAUUUCAACUCGGUACGUGCCUUUUGCAAAUCAAAACCUUCAUCGACUAUAAGGAGGGAACCUGGCUGGCAUUGUGUUUAGAAACUAAACUUUCCAACUUGAUAUCUUCGGCUUUGGUUUGUUAGUUGUUUUGUUUGCGUAUCAAUCUCUAGGCAGGCGCUAAUAAGCUACAAUUCAGGCGCUAGCUAGAUCCGAAAAAUAGAUCUCCCACACAAAUUUAUUAUAUGCCAAUUUCAUACUGCAACCUGUUACUUCGCCCAUUUGGGCGUAUAUUUACCAUUCAUCGUCUGCAUAACAAUAAGAAGGAGCUCAUCUCAAUACGGCCCCACAAGAAAUUAUCCAAAGAUUGUACCGAUAUUUGGCGUGCAAAAAGACGGAGCCUGAUCGGUAUGAAAAAAAAUACGAUAAUCGGAGGAACAACAAAAAAAUCGUCGCAAGUUUCGUCUUCCUCCAUUUCAGCUUUAAAAACUGCGGCUACGAUAUGACCUCAGUCAAGUCUCCUUCCAGUAGUCACUCUUAUGCAUCGGAUGGUUGGAUUUUGUUACCAAUGGUUCUUUUUCAUCCGUAGAUGACACUUUAAUCUACCGUUUCCAGCAUUUCCAUUUCCAGAUUUUCCAUUUUAUGAAGUGUUUUUCUAUAUCUGGUAAAAGCUCGUUAAAAAAACAUUUUUUAAACAAAGAACUGUCCUCCCAAUCCAAUUUUUAAUUGAUAAAUGCAUUUUGUUUUUAGAUUUCCUAAUGACGGAAACUUCACGGACAUUUUAGCUACGUCAUCGUCAGCUGGCGGAUACCAUGGAAACGUCUCCAUUGAUGAAGCCAGCCUUCACUUGCAUUGAAGUUUUCCCAUUCCUCAUCCACCAUUAUUUUGUACUUUCUAGUUAAAUAUAGGACCUGAAAAAGAAGUUCCUUGGCGUCGCUGUUGCCUAAACUAAAGCCAUAGAUCAAAAUUAAAUUUAGAGAUUCUUAUACUUUAAAAUCUCCUCUUCUUCAUGAGUAUGCUUUCAUUGUAAACCUAUUGUUAUUUUUUAAACUAACUCACCAACUGUUGAAGUACUUCCGAUUUCUGUAGCGUGCAUACAGUACGUUUGCAUUUCUCUCAGGUAGCAUAAUUACAACCAUUGUAACACUCACACUGUUUUUCUUCUUCAACCUUUGUCCCAUUCAGUAUCGCGAUCGGCUUGUCUCGAUUGAUUGCGCCAUUUUGUUCUGUCAUAGAUAUGAUUUAGUUGGCGUCGAGAAGCCCUUCAAUGGACGUCUUAGAUAUGAAGCCAUCUUUGUUUUGGUCAGCCUUUUGAUCGUUACGAUGUUCAGACCAAUCUUAACAAAUGAGUUAUCGUCAGGGCGAAUUACAUGUUCUUACCCUCGAAGGCGACUCUCUCGCAAUUUUUCCAAGAUCGAUGCAACCGCAUGUCGGAUGCCCUCAUUGACGGUGACCAAAAAUUCUCUUUUAUUCAAAUUCAGUCUGAAACAGUCUUGUAUGAGGCGAUCUUUCCACUUUUGGACAGGCUCAAGAUCAGUUUUGCUAUGAGGCGCUGGAAAACAUAAUCUGUGUGGAGCAGUGUGAAAAGCGCUGGACGUUGAAAGUCGUGUCCAUAAUAAAAACAAGAAGUAGUAGAGAGAACGCGCUUCCUUGAUAAACACCAAUAGAGACAAGAAGCCAUAACUGCCACACUUUCUAUUUUACUAAUAGGUUUGCGGUUAAGCAAUUUAACUCAGCGCGCGAGUUUCUCUGGCACUAAGUGUUGCCCCAUUAUAUACCAUAUAAGUUUCUGACAUACUGUUUCCUUUUCUAGUUGCAGGAAUGAAUUCAUGAGUAAUGACACAACGUGUCUUACGUUAACAGUUCCGCAAUUUUUGACUUGGUUUGGUUCACGGCUAUAUGAACAACACUAAGAAUACCAUUGUCGAGAAUGCGUUCAAAAAUCUUCAUAGUAUGGGGAGCAAUGGGAUCGGACAGUUAUUUGGACAUUCCGCCGGACUGCCUUUCUUUUUCCCUAUUGGAACGGCGGACAUUGAAGUGUAUGGAGAUCUUAGAGAAUGGUAUGGUGUCCGGAUAGCUCAGUAGCUAGAGCGCUAGUUUGUCGUACGGAAGGUCGCGGUUUAAAUUUCACACGUCGGAUACCAGUCGAUUCAGCUGUGAAUGAGUACCCGAGUCAAAUCAGGGUUAUAAUCUCGGGCGAGCGCGCAUUGCCUUCUAUAGGGUACUAUAAUUCUGUAGUGUACCGUUACGGUCUAGAAUGAAGUGCUUAACCACACUUCAAGGCCCUGAUUAAAUUGUUUUGUUGCGUCAAAGAUUAAUAUUAAAUUUAAUUUGCAAAUUUCCUGAAAGGCAUUCAUAAUUUUAACAACGUAUCUUGAUAUUUCAGUGCUUCAAAUAAAAUAUUUGUUAGAAGCCCAUAAAGACUAACCUAAUAUUCUGGGAAAAGUUAAGCACGGGGCUUAGAAUAGGGCAUGCUUGUAUAAUAUUUCUUAGAAAUAUACCCAGAGGCACUAUAAACUCCUUUAGUAUCGUCGAAUAAGUACCCUCCGUGCCAAAGGAUAGUGUAGCUGCUCUUACAUUUCACACGGCUCUCGCAGUGUUCCGUUUUUUUUUUUUGCAAAAUUUUCCGAAACGUGCUGUUUUAUUUUAUCACCUAUUCUCGCGGACGGUGUUCCUCGAAAACAGUCUACCCUUAGUCAAAUUUUGCUUUUGUGAAAAUACCAUCCGGUUUUCUGAGAGAGUCCAACUUAUGGAAGGCACUCGGUUUAAGGCUUCUGCCCAACCUUAAAAUCUUUCUUUGAUCUUUCAGUUCCUAACAGUUUGCUUCAGAGCAAACUCGAUUUUCCUAAAAAUUAGUCUCUUACUAUGAACUGAAUUUCCAGUCCUGGGGCAAAAGGAGGAGUAGCAUUUGGCGACUGCCCUGAGCGCUUCCCACUUCACACUUUUUUGGUCCAGCUCGGACACCAAAUUUAAAACAUCCACAUUAAUGUAUUUAUCCUUCUUGCCUUUCACAAACCUUACCCUUCAGUGUCUGAAAUCAUUCCCUGUGUGCCUUUCACCGCGUAUGAGAUGGUAUUCCCUCCUUCCGCCGAGAACUGGAUAUCGAACAUCUGAUCUGCUCUCUACUCGGUGUUAACGAAGGUGACCUUAUUCCGACCCCCAGGACUAGUCGCUGAGUUUACCAGCUUAAGUCACUUUAAAGUAGCCUAAUCAGUGCCCUUCAAAUGGACGAGCUUCUCGCGGAAGGUUUGACUAUUAACCCUUGGAUUUGGACCAGGCUCCCACAUUUUUUCCACAGGCACCCCCGCACGAUAUUAUAUUUAACCCUGGCAUUUUAGCAUCUUUGAAAGACACUCUGCUGAUGGAAACGACGUUGCAUUCAUGUUGUUAUUCUAUGGGAGAGCCAAUCUUCGUUCACGUCUCUGUCCAUAGUGUGGAUUACAUAAAAGCGUCCCCCAUGACAGAUGUAUUGGUCCUAUGCUUUUUGCACCCAUCACCGCAGCUCGAGGAACCUGCUGUGUAGUUCCUGCCGAUGUAACUAACCAACCUACCGAUGUCCCCACUAUCAGCCGAAGGUUCCGCUUUAUUUCCUCCAGUAUUUUUGGAGAUUACCUCACCUGGUUGCGCAGCAACGCACAUAUCAUCAUCACCCCGAUUGAGAGCGUGCGCAGGCUCACGAUGUCUGGUAUGCAUGAGUCCAUUUUCGCAUACCGAUAUUAGCCAGCUGCGUCCAUAUUCAAAGCUCUCUUUCAUCCCCUUUUCUUAAUAGUGGUGAAGGGGAUGUUCUGACUGGCAGGACAAUUUAGGCAACCAUUCCACGGACAGAUCAGCAGUAGCCGGAUUUUCAGUAUCUCUGGCAGUCGAGAGUGGAUCCGAAAUCUGUGAUUUCUUACUAUUUGGGAAAUCAAUAUUUUUAGCUCCAAUAUUAGGUUUUUGGAUACCCUUACUGUAAAGAUUCUUGAACUAACUAAGUGUUAGCACUUGCUUUCCGUGGUGACUAGAUAUUUUGAGACAAAUUGGAAUAGAGUGUCCCUCCGCUUCUAAUUUAGCGGGCUCGAUUGGCAAUCUUCAAAGAAAGUAUUUGGUCAACUGUUUAUGCUCGUUCCAAUUAAGUCUAGUUGAAAGUUCAGUAGUGUCUAUUGCAGCCAAAUAGUCAUACGAUUUGUCCUAGAAUACUGAAAAUCUACAAUACUGAAAACGAACAAUCUUAGAUUGCUGGUUGCAUUAAGGUCGACGUUUUCUGAAGCGAUUCAUUCUUACACUGUUUCAUUGGGGACUUUAAUUGAAUAAAAUAAAUCGCCGUGUAGGAAAAGGCGUUUUCUCAAUUGCAAAUCCUCUUUUCAAGUCUUGACUUUGUAAGUUGUUGAAGCCUUGAAAGAUCUUUUCUUUUCUCUCGGGAUGAAAACCAAUUCGAAUUUGCAAAAACUGAUAAAAAAUGUAUAUUUACUACGAGAGAAAGAUCUAAAUUCAUUUCUACGCCAUGAAGAAUCUGUCAGCUUAUUUCAACAAUGAAUAAUUGGUUGGUUUAUUUUCUAGACAGCCCCAUGAUUUUAUCGAAAUUAACUACAAUUGGUUGGAACAUUUUUCGAAAAAUAAGUGAUACAUUUCGGUUCAUUUUAAUUUGAAUAUGAUAAAAAUAGCAAAGUUACAUCAGAGAGGCAACUACACAGGAAAAAGGAAAAACACAACAAUAAUGGAAAUAGUAUCAACUUAGCAGCAAAACUAAAGAAGAGUUACAACGGAUAAACAAAAAAUAAAAUCAUAUACAGCAGCAAUAAACAUAAAAAUAGAAAGUUUCUGAUUCUUACAUAAAGCAAGAAAGCAUAACAGGAUUAAGAAAUUCAAUUCAAUUUCAUUAGACUGCAUGAAGCUACAAAUUCACCAUUUAGAGAACAAACAAACCCGUUCAUAAAAUAGUCCAGCAUCCUCCAAACCACGCCAUUCUGACUUGUUCGAUUUGUAUCCUAUUCAUCCUACUCAAAUCAUAAACCAGAGGCAGCCACAAAUCCUUAAUCCACUCAUCGAAUCAAACCAACCCAGAAAAUAAAAACAUGUUAUGGACUCUUAGUGAAAUUUCAAACAUUUCUACUAUUUUCAUUAAUAGUUUAUUACAAACUUGGAACAUUGUGUUACCAUCUUAGAUAAAUCAAGUAAAAUUCUAUUUUGUUUCAGUGCAUGAAGAUUUUCAUUAGAGACGUAAUAAAAUCUUAAAAUAGUUCAAAAGUCGUAUUUAUUGAAAAGAGAAGUAAAAAAAAUAAACAAAAAAACUUAUCACUAAAGAUUUUUUACAUUUUCUUAGUUGUAAUGUUGUUUUUUGAUAGAAAACAAAGUGAGAAGAACUUGUAUGUAAAUUAAUUUUAAUGGAUUUUAUUAUAUUCUAUAAGUAACGCGAGAGAAAUUUAUUACAGAAAAGGAGGAUAGGAAAGGGCAAGAUUUUUAAAGAAAUGAACAUUGACUUAAAGACAUGUUAAAGGAAGCUAGAAAAUUUGUUACCAACAGUGAUAUAGAGUGUUAUACAACAAGAUCUAACUGAAUGAUUAGCCUGAUUGAUUGUAAAACAUCUUUGAAUGGAACCGACAUGGUUAAGAGUAAAUGAAACAAGAGAAUAAAGUUGUUCAUUUUGUUAAUUAAUUUAAA